AUGCAUCAGGAUAUGAAGCGUAAGGCUCCGGACCAGGCUUCAACCAAGACUAUCGCAGGAUCCGAUCUCUUCACCUUUGUCGUCGGCGGCCACGCAGCCGAGUAUACCAUACAUUCCGCACUGGUCGCAAAACAGUCACCCGUCUUGAACGUACUGGUCAACGGACCUUUCAAGGAAGCCUUGGAACGCCGAGUCCGAUGGGCUGAUCUCGAAGAAAGCAUCUUUCUCAGCUUUUGGGAGUUUGCGUACACCGGCAACUACACAAACCCCAUCCAAGAAGAUGAGGGAAAGGAAGAAUCGGAUCCAACCAAUGAAGAACUGAGCCACUGGGGCAAGGCUUGGGCGUACUACGUCCGCCAUGACCCAGGAUUCUCGGGCCCUAAUAGCCGCAAUGCACCUGGACUCAACGGCCUGUGGCAAGACUUUGUUGACAAACACGCCCCUAUCCCUCGGCCGUCUAAUGAAGGUAACAUCAGUGCAGAUACACUGCUGCAUCAUGCCCAAGUCUGUGUCUUUGCAGAUCGAUACUGUAUUGACAGGUUGAUGGACGUUUCUCUCGGGAAGUUGUUCCUCGCGCUGGAGGCGACGAUCCCUUGGGGUGACUCUUGGGAUGCUGUGAUGGAGCUCCUUAUUUUGGUAUCUGGCAAGAUGGUACCAGUGAGACUGCGGGAGAUUGUGGCGGAGUACAUUCUGACUCAGGCCGAGCUGUUCAAGAAUGAGGAGGUGUUUCAGGACUUUAUGUGCGAUCACAACGGUCCGAUGCGGGAACUGUUGAGUCCGAUGUUUGUAACGGGAGAAGAGCAGCACCUUUCAUUCCCCUUUAAGAUGAUUCCUCUCGAGGAUAGACUCCGUAUGCAGAAAGCACGCGAGAGUGGCGAGUUCACUGACUUCGCCUUCGUGUGCGAAGGGCAGACGAUUAAAGUCCACAAGAUCAUCGUCUGCGGCCAGUCGACGGUCUUUCAAAGAGCAUGCACUGGGAAGUUCAAGGAAGCUUCCUCCGGGAUAUAUGAUAUGAACGACCAUCCUCUAGAUGUCGUAAAUAGAAUGGUUGACUACCUCUACACUGGAACUUAUGAGAUUCCAGAUGGCGCUGACUUGUUGACACAUGCCUCCAUGUUCACAUUGGCCGACAAGUACAGGAUUAUGGGGCUGCAAGCGCUCGCGAGCAAGAAAUAUUUGGAAUGCCUUGACGAAAGCUGCAACUAUCACGACUUCACCAGUUCCAUCUCGGAAGUUUACAAACUCCCCAAGGAAACAUCCAAGACACUUCGGGCCGGAGCUCUAGCCAUGGCUAGAGGAACCUUGGGAACCGCGCUCGGCGCAACCGAACUAGGAAUGGCCAUUGACGAAUUCCUGUACGACUGCCCGGAGUUUGCGCGAGACCUCCUCAGCCUCUCUCUAAGAUUUUCAAGAAUGGGUACCUGUUCUAACUCGAGUUGCGAAUCUCGAAGCGCGGUUCCCAUUGAGAUUCUGCAGUGUCGAUGCGAGAAAUGCGGCAAGGGGGGUGCCAGCGCCGGACUUAGUCUCCGUUCUUGGUGUAAGGUUUUGGAAUAUGAGUUAGAUAUGGAUGAGGAAGAUGUUAAAUUGGGCAAAACUGUGAGUUACGACUGGUGGCCUUCAGAAAGAGAGAAUGAACGAAAGCCUGCAUGGACAGGAUUAUUGUAA